CCCGGGCGCACUUCCAUUUCUUACAAAUAAAAUCAGUUGUCAGAGUAAGACCACAGAACACCCGCCGAGGGAGAGAGGGAGAAGGGUUUAUCUAGGGUUUAACGAAAUUCUUCCCCAAAUUCAAAAAUCCUGCCGAAAUCCUCUGACAACGUCGCUUUUCGGAUUGCAAAUGGGAGCAGACAAAGGAAAGAAGCAGAAGACAGGGGAAUUGGAAGGCGCAAACAAUGGCGCCGAAGUAAUUGACAGAGAGCUCGUCGUCUCCAUCGAAAAGCUUCAGCAAGUUCAAGAUGAGCUUGAAAAAAUCAACGAAGAAGCGAGUGAAAAAGUCUUGGAAGUGGAACAAAAGUAUAAUGAGAUACGCAAACCUAUCUAUGAUAGGCGGAAUGAUGUCAUCAAAUCCAUUCCCGAUUUUUGGUUGACUGCGUUUAUGAGUCAUCCUGCCCUUUGUGAUAUGUUGAAUGAAGAAGACCAAAAGAUUUUCAAGCACCUAAGCAACCUUGAAGUUGAAGAUUUCAAAGAUGUGAAAUCUGGUUACUCCAUCUCAUUUGAAUUCAACCCAAAUCCGUACUUUGAGGAUAGUAAGCUCACAAAGACUUUUGCCUUCCAAGAGGAUGGGAUGACGAAAGUCACCGCAACAUCUAUAAAAUGGAAAGAAGGGGCGGGCAUUUCUAAUGGUGUUCCUGAAGAUGCGAAAGGGAACAAACGCCCUCUUGUCGACGAAAGCUUCUUUGCCUGGUUCAGCAAUGCGGAGUAUAAAGGUGAUAUUUUUGGAAUUGUGGAUGAGGUGGCUGAUGUCAUUAAGGAUGAUUUGUGGCCAAAUCCUAUUACGUACUUUAACAAUGACGGCGACGAGGAAGAGUUUCCUGGAAUUGAUGAUGACGAAGAUGAUGACGAUGCUGAAGAGCAUGGUGACGAUGACUCCGAGGAUGAAGGCGAGCAAGACAAUGAAGACAACAGGGGUGAAGAUUAAGGUUCGAGAGGCCAUUAAACUUCCUUAGGACAGUUUUUAAUUUAUACAUGAUGGACCUUUGGUAGAGAGUAAUUAUGUCUUUUGUUUUUGCAUCGAUUGAUUGAUAAUCGUCCCAUAUUUUGAAAGGCUUUUUGAUACUUGUGUUGAAAUGAGCCAUUGAAGAGGUAUAGCUCACUAUUUAUUGCGUGUAAAGCUCAUUCUCCUUCGCGAUACUAUAGUAGAUUCUUUCAUUAAUCGAAUGUUCGAGUCUUAGUUUUGACA